AUGCCACGUUUGACUACAAUACCACAAACAACAAAUUUUAAUGUAGAUUGUCCAUUAUCAAAAGCUGAUACUUAUGCUGAUGCAUUACUUCGUACAUUAUACUCUUUUAAGCUACCUUCAUCACCAAUGUCGUUAUAUGCUUGUCGACAGCAUCAGCGUCCGUAUCCUCAGUCAACAACGGUGUCACAAUCGAUCGUAAAUGAAUUAGUGAACGGCUCUUCAGAUAAUCAACAAUCAUUAGCUGAUCCUUCUUCGUUAUCCUCUUCAUCGUCAUCAUUAUUUAGUUCACCAUCAUCAUCUUCAUUAACUAAUACGAGUGCAAAUUAUUUUACACUCGAAGCACAUUUACCAUUAGUUAAAAAUAAAGUUGAACAAUUAGAAAAAUUCAAACGAUUACUUUCUCGUUUGGAUAACGUUUAUAAUUCUAAUAAUAAUCAAAAGAUGUCAACAUCAGCUUUACCACCACCAUCACCAGCACAUAUUACUGAUCGUUAUCUAUUUCGUUCACCUUCAAAUGAUAAUCGACUAUCAAGAAAAUCAUCAACAACAACAAAAAAAACUAAAUUACACAAUAUUCCAACAUCAUCAUCAUCAACACCACCAUCAGCAAGAAAACGUUAUAAAUUUUCAUCUGGUACAACUGAUCAAAAUAAUAAUAAUAUUUAUAAAUUUCCUAAUGAACAUACUGAAGCACGAUCACAUUCAACAGAUUCUGAUCGAUAUUAUUUUCCUUCAAAUGAUUCAACUAAACAACCACAACAAACAUUAACAUAUAUUCGUUCUGGUAAUGGAUUAGAAUCACAUAAAAUAACUUUUAUUAAUGGAACAUCAUCAACGACUGAUAAAACUUUAUUACCAAUAACAAAGUCAAUACAACCAACGUCUAUUAUACCUGAUACACCUUAUCUGUUUUCAAAGACGACAGAAUCUCAUCCACAUUCAACUCUAACAUCACCAGCUAACCCAGAAGAUGCAUGGAUACAUCAACGUCAGCAACCACAAAUUGUCUUUGAUAGCAUAACUGAUUUAUCACCAAGUUCACAAUUAAAACGUCCACGUACAUCAAGUACAAGUCCUGAACAUCGACAAACAACAAAACGUUCACCAGUACGUAUGGAUACAAUAACAUCAACAAAUGGUUCAUUAUCAACAUUAAGACGAUCACCACCAAAUAAAAUUCAAAAUGUUCGUUUUGAUCCAUCAUCAACACAACGUUCAUAUUUAGAUGAAGCACGGGAACGUUUAGCUGGUAAAAAACGUGGACGUUCACCACAAGCAUUUCAACAAUCAGUUGAUCGUCUUGUUUCAUCAACAAAUCAAAAAUAUCUUCAGCAACAACAAAUUCUUUCACCACCAAUACCAUUUCAACAACAACAUGAUUAUAUUAGUCAAUAUUAUGCACAAGAAGAACCACCUAUUGAUUAUCCAAUGGAUAGUGAUGAUGAUGAACAACAAAAACGUCCAUUUAUAUAUAAUCGUGGUUUAAAUACAAAUCGUACACAUACACAAAUUAUGAAAAAUGUUAAUAAAAGUUUACUUGAUGGUAAUUAUUUAGCUGAUGUUAAUCGUAUUAAACAAUUAGAUCAAACUUUUCAUCGAUAUUUACGUUCACUUGAAAAUCAAUCAUUACAACGUGAAUUAAAUUAUGAUUUAAUACGUUGUUUUUCAUCAACAUAUUUAGAUGAUUUACGACGCGAAGAAAAUCGAAAUUUUCAAACACGUAGUAAUAUGCGUUCAUAUACAUAUGAAGAUAUACAAGAUAUACAUAUGUCACCAACUUUAGAAGCAUAUAAAAUGAAACGAGCUAUUGAUAGAGAAAGACGUCUUCGAUUAAGUACAAGUUUUGAUGGACAAAUAACAUCAUCAACACCAACAUCAUCAAUUGGUGCUGGACUUUUAUCACCAUUAUUAUCAUCACAUAGUCCAAUUAUGACUGGAAGUUUAAAUGAAAAUAUGGAUGUACAAUCAGGUGGUUUUGAAACUGAUCGUCGAUCACAAAAAUCACAUACUUCAGUAAGUAUUGGUAGUCCACCAAUGUAUACAUCCGACAUAAAUUUUAGUACUGCAGUUAAAUAUUCUCAACCACCAAUAAUUGAAGUUGCUAAAACUCCCGUAGUUGAUCGUCAACAUCGUCCAUCAAAUUUAACUUCUACAAGUAUUCUUCAUAUAAAUGGAUCAGGUAUUCAAUCAAUUGAUAAUGAUUCACGUAAUGAAUUAAUCGUUAUUCGACCACCAGUUGUACAAAGACAAAAAAUUCGCACGGGUCGUGCACGUCGAACAUUAACUGAUGAUGGUAGUGCUGAUGUUGUUCAUCAUGUUGGUAUUAUUUCUCCACCACCAUCUUAUACAACUGUUAAGCAACGUCCAGUACCAAAACCAACAACUAUAACAACGAAGACAACAGAACAAUAUGAAACUCCUCAUGUAUUAACUGUUCCUCCUCCAGAUUUUGUUGAACGCACUCAUGUUUAUAUUCGCAAAGAUCGAGCUCACAGUAAUAUUGUUGAACCACCUUCAGAUGGUCUUAUUGAACGUGCAUUAACCACUUCACAACAAAUACUUUUCAAAGAUGUUGAUUAUGAGCCAAAUCUACAAAAAGCUACUCAGGUCAUUACACCGGCAGAUACUACAGAAAUAUCACCUCGUCGUUCUCCAACUAAAAUUUAUACUUCACCGACAAAUAUUGAAAAAGUUCCAGUAUUUCAUGCUGAUCGCGUUGAAAGUGCAUCAGGCAAUUAUGAUUUGUCUAUGGUUAAUAUAAAACAUGUAUUAACAUUAAAUCAAGGUGAAAUAAAUGAAUUAAAUUUAUUAGCACAACAAGCUCAACGUCUUCAAAUACCUCCACAUGAUUAUGAUCAUGCUAUGGUUAUUCUUACACCUGAGCAAACUCAACAUCAGCAUAAUAUUGAUCCUCAACCACUUUUAUUAGCUGCUGCUUAUGUAGGUCAAUUAUCUGAUGAACAAAAUGAACAAAUAACACGUCAUAUUGAUGAUGAAAUACAACGUCAACGUACACAAUUAAUAGCUCCUAUUGCUGAACAUAUGGCAAGAGUUGAACAAGAUAUUUCAGUAUUUGAAAAUAUUUCAACAGCAAAUAUUCAUCAAUAUUCUCGAAAUAAAUUAAAUCAAAUACCAGUUGAUAGUGGUAUUGUUUCAUUAAACACAUCACAGGCAAGUGAACAACCAAUGAUAUUAAAUGCAUCACGUAUGCAUCGAUUAGAUCAAUCUGAUGAAGAACGUUUAGAAACUUUACGUGAAGAUGAUUAUUAUCAAAGACGUAUACGUGCAUUAGAUCUUUUACGUCAAGUUGAAAUUGAUCCAAAUUCAAAUAUUCGACCUGUUCGUGAUGAACAACUAAAUAUAUUUGAACAUACAACAAAUAUUCCAUCAUCAACAUUGACAACACAACAGACAAAAGUUAUUGAUCAUGAUCGCAUUGAUCAAAUUCAAACAUUACAACAUACAGAUAAACCAAUUAUUUAUGAAACAUUAGGUGAAAAUUUACUUGAUAGAACUCCUAAUAUAGAAUAUUUAACUAGUUCACAUGUUGAACAAGAUUAUCAAUUAAAUAAUCGAUCAAAAGAGAAUCCAAUAAAUUGGGGGAAAAUAAUUCCUAUUAAACAACAUCGAUCAAUAGAAAGUCGAUUAUCUGAUACAGUUUAUGAACAAGCAAAACCUUUACUUCAAAGUCAAUUUGAUCAAAGAGAAAAUCUUCAACCUACACAAGAACCUACUAAACAUUUAGAAAUACUUAAAGAUUCUACAAAAAAUGUUGUCUACAAUUAUGAAAUGCCAACUAUUGAUGUCUGUAUUACUGUACCCUGUUCAUUUUUACCAAAUUUUCUUAAUCAUAUAUAUUUAACUAGUUAUUUAUUUAUUAAUAUAGGUGAACGAAAUGAAGUUCCAUUAUCUCGAACAUCGUCAUUUGGUUCUGACAAAGACUUAAAACUACAACCACAUGAUUCAGCUACAAUUAGAUAUGAUUAUUAUGAUAUUGCACCUCUUGACGAUGUAACACGACCAUUAUAUCAUCAUCCACCAGUACAAACACAUCAUGAUCAAGAACAUAUAUCUGUGGAUAUUGAUGCAGAACCAAUGGCUGUACAACUCGAAACAUCUUGGGUAACUGAUGUUUCACAUGGUCGUGCUUCAUUUACUGAAUCAGUUCAAAAAUUGAAUGCUCCUAAAACGCUUACUGAGCCAAGUCUCCAAGCUUUGCAGCUCGAAGAGCUGGCUACUGCUGCUACUGCUCUAGAAGAACAGCAUGCUACACAAAUAAUUCAAAGUGAUCAUUAUCAAAAACUUUUUCAAAAAAUUGAAGAAAAUAAUCGUGUACCAAUUGUUGUGUAUGAUACUGAUUGGAAAGAUGAAAAACUUAAACCUAUUUCAAAUGUAAUUCAAUCUAACAUAGAAAAUGCACAAGUACAAUAUCUAUCAACAGUUCAAUAUGAACAAGCUAAAAUAACUAAACCAAAAUCAAUCUUAUCACGUGAACGUUAUGAACAUAUUGAAAAUAAUAAUCAAGAAAUAACACAACAAAUUGAAACAAAAUCUAUUCAACGUGAUCGUUCUAUUGAACGACUUGAAACAAAUAAUAAAUUUGAAUAUUCAAAAAAAACUAAUCAAGAAAUUUUAUGUCGUCCUAUUAAUCAUCAUCUAGAAAUAAAUGAUGAACACAUAUCAUCAUUAUCAGAUGAUUCACUUUUAACUCAACAUCAACAAAAAUCAAACGUAAAUUUUGAUGAAGCAACUACUUUAGAAAAACCUCUUCGUUCGACAUCUUUUGUAACUCUAAAUUAUCCACAUCAUAAUCAAGAAUUAAAUCUACCAUGGCAACGAGUUUUUGAUCAAGAAUUUUCUGAUCAAUAUCAACAUUUACAACAACAUUUACAAAUUCAAACUGAACAACCAUCAAAAUUAUCUGAUAGUUCGCAACUUAUACAACAUCAACCAAAAUCAAUACUUUCAGAACAAUCUCUUCUUACUACUCCUCUAAACUAUGCUCAUCAUAAUCAAGAAUCAAAUCCAUCAUGGCAACAAGUUUCUGAUCGAAAUUUUUUCGAUCAAUAUCAACAUUUACAACAACAUUUACAAAUUCAAACUGAACAACCAUCACAAUUAUCUGAUGGUUCACAACUUAUACCAUUUCAACCAAAAUCAAUACUUUCAGAACAACCUCUUCUUACUACACCUCUAAACUACGCUUAUCAUAAUCAAGAAUCAAAUCCAUCAUGGCAACAAGUUUCUGAUCGAAAUUUUUUCGAUCCAUAUCAACAGUUUCAACAAAAUUUACAAAUUCAAACUGAAAAACCAUCGAAUUUAUCCGAUGGUUCACUUCUAAUACGACAUCAACCAGAAUCAAAUAUACAUAUCGAUGAAUCGAUUACACCUGAAAUUCCUCUUCGUUCUACUGCAUUUUUAACUCUAAACUAUGCACAUCAUAAUCAAGAACAAAGUUCCUCAUGGGAACAAGUUUUUGAUCAACAAUUUUCUAAUCAAUACCAACAGUUACAACAACACGGUCAGUAUCAAUCUGAUCAACCAUCACCACGAUAUUUACCAUUAAUAACACCCGCAGCUAAUGAAUGUACAAUAAAGGAAUCUGAUAAUUACGUUAGUGAGUUUCAUCAAGUACCUUUAUUACAUGAAAAUGUUCGUAUACAAAGUUGCGAUAAAAUUUCUCUUUUACCUUCAACACAAAUCAAUCAAUCAAGACCAAUCUAUCGUGUACGACAACAACAACUAUCAUCAAAGGAUGAAUGUGAUUAUUCUGUAAUAUCAUCAAUUCAUUCGAAUCGUAUUGAUCGAAUAGAUGCAACUUCAUAUGAACCAAUAAAUCUUGAAAAACGACCAGUUACAAUUGACAUUGAAGUUCGUGUACGACCAACAUAUUCUGAAACAUCAUCAAUACUUGAUAUGGAAUCAUUUUUAAAUCGUUUUGAAGAAAGUCUUGAACCCGAACAACAUUUACCAUUAAUUGAUCAAGUUUCUCUAUCAUAUACGACAUCAAUACAAUCAAAUAAUGAUAGCACACAACGUGCUAUUGAACGAUAUGAACAAAAACAUCCAUUUUUCAGUCGUUCAUUACCUAUUGAAUGGUUACAACCAACAAUAUUGCCACAUGAUGAACAACUAGUUGAACAAUUGAUUGUAGAAAAAAGUCUUGAAACUAUACAACAACAGGUAGAGUUGAAAACUAAUAUUGAGUGUUCAGAUUUUGUUGUUGCCGCUGCUGCUGCUGCUGCUAUUGCUAAUGAUGCUUAUUCUAUUGAUGAGAGGUUCGAAGACGAGAUAUCAAAUAGUGUAUAUACAAUAAAUAUCAAUAAUGAACAAGAAAAUAACCCUAUAGCUGCAGCUAUGAUUGUUAGUCAUUGUUCACCAACAAGUGACUAUGAAACCGAUUCACUUGAUAAAGAUAACGACACAACUUCGACGACGACUAGCAUUGGUGUUGGUCAUAUAAUUACAGCUACACCAAUAACAACAACUUUACCAUCACAAUCAUCAGAUAUAAUACCUACUGUACCUGUUGAUUAUUUACUUGAUACAUUAGCAAGUGAAAAAAAAAAUAAAUAUAAUCUUACUAAAGAAUUUUUAUUAACAAUUGGUUUCGGUCAACACGAAGAUAAUCAUAUUCAUCAUGCAAAAGAAAACGAACUUGAACAAGACGCUAAUAAUAAUAUAUUAUUAUAUAAUUUCAAUGAAUAUCAACAAGAAUUUUUAAAUAUUCUUUUUGAACCAGAACAUUUUCAUUUACCUAUUGUCAAUGAAAUUUUAAUCUAUCAAAUAAGUUUUCAUAAUCAAUAUUCAAACUUUUCAUCAUCGAAUUUUUUAUUACCGAUUAUUCAUUAUGAUGAUAAUAUAUCAUCAAAUGAAUAUAAAAUAACUAAUCAACAAGAUAUUUUUUCAAUUGCACAAAUAAAUCAUCAAUAUGAUUAUGACGAAGAUCUUAAAAGUAUAUCAUAUAAAUAUGAACAACCAUCUUAUAUCGAACAUUACCAUAUUCAAUCAUUAAAUCCAUUUUCUGAAACACUUUAUGCUGCUAUUGUUGAACCACCAAUAAUCAUUGAAAAUGAAGAUGAUCAUUCGACAUCAAGUAUUUUACCUGAUGUUAUUCCAUCAACAACAACAAUAAUAAAACAAAAUGAGGAAUAUAUUGAACAUGAAUCGAAAGUAGUAAGAAUUUCACCAAGAAGUUCAUCAAUUGAACCAACACCAUUACAUCCAUCAUUCAAUUCACCUGAUAGAGCUCGACAAACUACACAAACUGAUGAUUUAGAACAUUUACCUGAACAGAAAUAUAUCACAAUACAUACAGCCACGCCUACACCAUCUAUGCGUAAAGUUAUUCCAUCACGUCCCGGUCCUUUUAUUGAACAACCAAUAAUGACAGAAACUAUUGAUUUUAAAACCGAUCAACCAACUAGAAUUCCUUAUACAAGUGAAACAGAUAAACUUCAUUAUGCAGCAACAACUUUAAGAGAUCAAUCUGAUCAUUUACCACCAAAACAUUUACCUGUUGAACAUGUACCUGAUUUUGAGCGUGCGCGAUUAGUACCAAGUUCAACUGUACCAUUACAUGAUCUUAAUAAAACCGAAGUUCUUAUACGUGAUACUAUUGUUCAACAUGUAAGUGAAGAUGAAAAAUCAACAUCAAGUGAAGAAGUUGUUUUUGAAGAAUGGAGUGAAGAAUUUCGUUGUCGUCGUAUAGAUGAAUAUGAUAAAAAUACAAAUCAAUUAUUACGUUCAACUAUUGAUCAAACAGGUGAACGUAUUAAAAGUGAUGUUAUUAAAGAAGAAUAUAAAGAAAAAAAUGAACGUAUUAAAGGACAUAAAAGCUAUGAUGUUAUUAAAGAAGUCUAUCGUCGUGUACCAGCUCAUACAAUUGAUCCAACAAAAACAACAAUUGUUUCUAUGGAACGUCCACAAAGUCCUGUUUAUGAAGAAAUACCACCACCAUUCAUUUCAACAAUACCAACGACAACAACAUCAUCACCUAGUCGUCAAAUAAUUACUGAAAUUACACCACGAGAUCGUCAUUGGUCUUCGGAAGAUGUUUAUACAACAGAAAUAGUUUAUGAUGCAAAACUUGCACGUGAUAUUGAAUCAGUAGCAAAUGCUGAACGUUUUGAUACAAAAUUUGAUUCAACAACACCACCAUCAUCAUCAUCAACAACUUAUGAUCGUGUACGACCAGGUCAAUAUGUACCAAUACCAUCAACAAGUCAAACAAUAAUAUCAAGGGCACCAUCAUCAACAUAUGAUCAUAUAUCAAAUAUAAUAACACCAUCAACACAUAUAUCUGAUCGUCGACAACAACAACAACGUGAGGAAACAGUUAGUGAAGAAUACCAUGUUGAAGUUGAACAAGAACAUGCUGAUCGUCGCUUACCAUCAAAUCAAUAUCAAACAUCAGUAAUUAGUACACAACAACAACGAUAUGCAUCGUCAGAAGAUGAUAUGUCAGAUCCAUAUGUAACCACCGGUGAUCGUACAUAUCAUGGUUUAACAACAAUAAUUAAUGAAGCUGGACAAAAACGAGAUUCAAAUUGGAGAAAUAAACUUAAGCAAAUUUAUACACCAACAUCAGAUGAUGAUCAAUUUGAUCAGUUUGGAAAAUCAAUAAAUGGCAAUUAUACAGCACAACGAGUAUCUAUUGUACCAACAAAUAUUCAACAACAAUUCAAAGAUAAUUCAAUAAAUCUAUCUGGAUAUGAUAAAACAUUAUUUGAACAAAACAAAUUAAAAACAGCUCCCCCAUCACGACAUGCUGUCAAAGAAAUUCUUGUUCGUGUAUCUCGAGGGCUAUCACCAGAUAAACAGUUACAUCAACAAAUUUAUCAUCUUCGUUCAUCAUCGGAUGAAGAUGAACAGGAAAAUAAAAGAUUGGUACUAGUUGAUUCUAUUCGAUCACGUGAAACAAUUAAGAAAAUUACUUCAACAUCGCGUACCGAUGAUGAUCGUCCACAACCACCAAAACGAUCAUCAUCAUCAUCAAUUAUUGAUGAACGUCGAUCAAGAUUUGAACAACAACAAUUUGAUAGUACAAUUGAUUCAAUAAUAAAUCGAAUUGAUCGAUCAACAUGUAGUCGUGUCGGAGAAUUAAGAAAUACAUUUGAAUCAUCAACAAAUGGAACUAUAAAAAAUGACUUAUCAAAAUCUGAAAUACCAAUAUCUACUAGUUUAACAGAGCGACGACGAAUAUUUGAAGAACAAGAUCAAAUCAAUAAAGGAUGGACAUCAACAAAUCGUCGACCGAUUGAUGACUUUGAUACAAAUGAACGUCGUAUAAGUGAAACACAUACAGCUCCAUCACGUGUCACAGAACAUAUAUCACGUAUUGAAGGUGCUGAAUCAAAAUCAACAUCUCGUGUACAACCAACAGAUCGUCUUAGUCGUCCAGGAUUUGAUGCAAUUAAAUCAUCAUUAGAAUCAUCAAUGACCAAAACAACUGAACAAUUACCACCUCCACAAACAUCAACAGAUUUAACAAUAAAAGAUAAACGAAUAAUAUCAUCAAUUGAUUCAGAUUUAAGUGGUGCAUCACCACCUAUUUAUCAAAGUACACCUAAAUCAACAAAACAAAAACUUGAUGAAGAUGCUGGUCAUGAAAGUGAAGAUGAAUUAAGUGAUCCAACAAAUAAACAAGGACAACAAUAUGAUAUAAGACGACGUACACCAAAAACACGUCUUAGAGAUUUCUCACAAAGUACAACACAACCAUUAGAUGAUGCAACAUAUAUUAGUCAACGAAAUAAAUCAUCAUUUAAUGAAACAAAUAUGGAAAAUAUUCUUUCACAUGUACCAACAAGCAAAGGUAAAGGUCUUUUAAUCGAACUUUCUCCACAUAUAUCUCAUGAAAUUCCAAUAACAAGUACAACAACAAAACCAAUACGUGAUCCAUAUAAAUCCAGUAUGGGUUCAGAUUCAGGUAUGUUUGAAUAUUCUACAGCUACAAGUCAACGUUUACCGACAAGUUCAUCAUCAUGGCGUAAUAAUGCAUCAUCAUCAAUUAUUGAUGAUGUUAAUCGUACACCAACAAUACGUGAUAGUGGCAUUUAUGGUGAUUCAGUAUCAGCAACAUUAAGUUCACGUUAUGGUCGACGACAAACUUCUGACACUGAUCAAACAACAAUUCAUGGUGGAGAUGACUCAGUUUCACGAUCAUUAUAUAAAUAUGAUACCGAAAUUAUUUCCACCGAUCAAUUUAAUCAACAAAAACAACAACCACGUAAUAUUCGACGUCAAGUAACAAGUACACCACCAUCAGAUUAUGAAAAUAUUGCUAACUAUCAUAGUGGAUUAAGUUCGCAACGAAAAGUUCCUAUAACAACACAAUCACGUACAAUUAUGACAAAACCAUUAGUUGUUGAUGAAAUUGAAACAAUCGAAACUGAAACACGUGUUGAAUGUCAAGUACAACGUACACAUGAAAUUAAAGAAUCAACAACUAAAACUGGACAAACCGGUAGUCCAGGUGCACCAAAAACAGUUAUUACAACAACAACAACAACUACAACAACAACAGCUGCUCCAAUGGUACGUUCACCUGAAUGUUCAUCCGAUGAAGCAUCACGUACAAUAACACCAUCAAAACGAGCUCUAUUAAAUGAACGUACACAUUAUUAUGAUUCAACAAAAUCUAAUACAAUUCGUUCACCACCUGAAUCAACGUAUACACCAACAAAUGAAAUUCGUCAACAAACACAAACAUAUCGUGAAAGUGGUAUUCAUCAACAUCGUUAUGAUUCACCUCAAUCCGAUAGUAUAUCCUAUCCAAUACCACCACCACCAAUAACAACAACGAUGACAACAACAACAAGAAUACAAGAAGAAGAACCCGUUCGUAUUGAAGAAACAUGGUUUAAACCAAUACAACGUGAUCGUUCACAAGAUAGUUUAUUACAAGGUUCAUCAUCACGUUCAAAUGUUCGUACAUUAAGUUCUGGUCCACCACGUACUAUGGAAAUAACAUCAUUAAGUCCACAAAGUCAAGUUACAUUUGGUAAAUAUACACCAAAUGAAAUAAUUGCGAUUGUUCGUGUACCAGAAUUAUCUAAUGGUGUUGGUAUGAAAUCAAGUCCUUCAACAAUAAAACAUGGAACAAGUGAACCUGAACUUAAUGCACGAAUAAAACAAGAAGAACAACAACGUUCAAAAUUACAUUAUGAACGUAUUAAUUCAACAAGUUAUCGUCCAUCAACAAUAAAUCAAGAUUAUCAACAAAGACAAAGUCGAUCACGAAUAAGUCCAUACGAUACUACGAAUGAAUAUUCAUCUUCAUUAGGUGCUCAUGCACGUUCAUCAUCAUAUCAUUCAGUUUUACACGAACAAGAUCGACAACAGCAACAAGAACAAGAUCAAUAUUCUUCUUCUCCCUAUACAAAAUCAGCAUAUCGUCGACAAAUAAAACGUCGUACAGGUAGUCUUGGUAAUCUACUCGGUCCUAAUAUAGAAUUUGAAAUUGAAAUUGAAAAACGUCCGCCACAAUUACCUGAACAACCAACAGUUGUUGCACUUGAUCAACCAUCACGGGCCAUUGUAACAACAUCAAAAGAUGGUCGAGUGUCAAUUCAAAAUAUAGCUGCACGACCAGGAAAUACUGUCGUUAUUAAUAGUGAUUUUCAUUCAUCGGAUCGUUCAUUAAAUCGUUCAUCAGGUUAUUUUAGUGCUGAUGAAUUACGUUCACAAGGUCUUAAUACAAAUUAUUCAAGUGAUGAACAAUCAAGUGCUGCUACUGGUAUGAAUAUAAAUCAAAAUUCUCAAUCAUCAAAUACACCCUCAACACACACACGACGUUAUAAAAAUAAUGAACAAGUUACAUCCAAACUUCCAUCACAUUAUCGUACUAGACAACAGAAUAAUUAUCAACAAUUAAAUAAUGAUAAUUUUGAUAAACUUAAUCAAAUAGUUCAUCGUUAUUAUCGACAAUCAAAUAAUAUAAAUCCAAAUAAUAAUAGAACUGGUUUUAAUGAGACUAUUGAUCAAAUUGAUGCACUCUAUAAUAAUCUUGAUAUCCACAAAAAUGAUAAUUAUAUUCAUGAUAAUACGAAUUCGUCAACAGCAUAUGAUUUUUCAAAAUCAACAGCAAAUCGUCGUCAAAAUUUAUCACAAAAUACAAAUGAAUAUCAAAUGCGUUAUUCAUCAAUGGGUUUUCCACAUAUAUCGAAUGAUGAAAAUACAACAACAAAUUCAACUUUACGUCAUCUUGUAUCACCACCGAUGAUAUCAACUAAUGAUAAACGACAUAAUGAUACAAAUCGGGCUUAUAGUGAUAAUGAAAAUUUAAAUAAUAACAAUGAACAUAAUCGUAAUUGGGGUUCAUCAUCUUUGAAUGAUCUUGUUAUGACAACACCCAUUCGUCCAUCACAAUCAUUAUCAUCAUCAGGUAUAUUAGCUGAUUAUGCAACACCAGGUUCAAUUAGUCCGAAUUCAGGUUUUGGUUCAACACAAAAUGUUAUUUUACAACAAAAUCGUUUGAAUUCACAAGCACAAGUUGUUCAACGUAAUCGAACCUCCGUUAAACAAGUUAAACAAAAAAGUGCUGCAAAGAAAAAAAUUGGAAAUAUUCAGGGGCAAUAUAGCGAUGAGGAAGAUGAUAAUGAUUCAGCUGGUGGUCAUGAUUCACCACUGUCGGAUAAUGGCCGUCCACAACCACCAACGCGAUUUUCAACUCGUUAUCAAUAA